AUGGGAGAACACCGUUCCUUCGAGAAUUACACCUACAUGGCUGGCAUUAUGUUCAAGACCUUGGGAUACGAUUUAAUGGACUCACCCAGGCCCAGAUGGCAGAAAAUCCUCAUGCGUGGCUAUUUUAUUCUGUGCAUGGUGAGCAAUUUUUACGAGGCUUCCAUGGUGACCUUAAGACUUAUUCAAUGGGACUCCGUGGAAGGAAGUGCCUCGAAAAUCAUGCGACAGGCCCUGCAAUUCUUUUACAUGUUCAGUGCCCAGGCAAAGUUUGUCACCUUCAUGAUAUAUAGAAAACACCUAAGAGUGCUAUGUAAUAACCUGAAAGAUGUAUAUCCCCACGAAGAACAGUGCCAAAAGAAAUACGAUGUCAAUACAUUUUACUUAUCACGAACCCCUCGAUAUAUUGUGUAUUUCUAUUAUGCUUUGAUGCUCCUCAUGGCACUGGGACCUCUGUUUCAAUCGUGUAUUAUGUACUUAAUAGGGUUCGGAAAAGCCGAAUUUUCCUAUCUAAGAAUUUAUCCCACACGUCUUGGCUUUGAUUCGGAAAACCCAUUCGGUUAUGUGGUGACAUAUGUUAUCGAUCUUACCUACAGUCAAUUUAUAGUGAAUGUGAGUUUGGGCACAGAUCUCUGGAUGAUGUGCACCACGAGUCAAAUCUCUAUGCACUUUGCCUAUUUGGCCAAGGUUUUAUCUUCACACAUUCCAAAUCGGAAACGAGAACGAGAGGAUUGUGAUUUUUUGGUAAAUCUAGUCAAAAAACAUCAACUAAUGCUCCGCUAUCACGAGGACGUGAAUACUGUAUUUGGACUUUUAUUGGCUUCUAACUUGUUCACCACUGCUAGUUUACUUUGCUGUACAGCUUACUAUACCGUCGUACAGGGUUUUAACAUGGAAGGCAUUUCCUAUAUGAUGCUUUUUGUUAGCGUUACAGCUCAGUUUUAUAUGGUCAGUCUACAUGGACAAAUGCUCCAAGAUUGGAGUACCAAUGUAGCUCUGGCUGCAUAUGAACACAAAUGGUAUGAAGGAUCCUUGCGAUAUAAAAAGGAAAUACUCUUUAUUAUGGCGCAGGCCCAACGUCCUGCGGAGAUAUCUGCAAAGGGAAUUAUUAUUAUUUCCCUGGAAACCUUUAAGACAUUGAUAAGGAUUACAUAUCAAUUCUUUAUGGUUAUACGUCAAACUGUGGAGAAGUAA